UUGCCCUCAGUUAAGAUGGCGGCCGGCGCCCCACGCACAGGAAGCAGUGUAGAGGAAGGACGCGCCGGUGGCAGCGCGACGUGGUUGGCGGGGGAGAUGGCGCUGUGCAGAGUGGUGCUGGGGCUGAGGACGGCCAGAGGAGGCUUACAGAACCAGAGAAGGCUGCGGCCCCCCAGCAGUUCCUUACUUCAGCACUCGUCUUCACCCUCCAAGCAACUCCUGAGACAUUCUGGAAACGCUGCGAACCCCGCCCAGUCCGGAGGUCUCUAUUAUGGGCUCCUCGUGGGAGGAGUCUCGGUGGUGGGCGGAGUAUAUGUGUACAGAACACUUCACAGAGAUAAAUCUCGAUUCAAUGAGAGGAUCUCCACACUUGAGUCCAUAAAACAGACUAGUGAGAGAGGUGAAAGUACAGUGAGUAGUACAGAACUCGCCAAAGCCGAUGUAGAUAAACAAGAAGCCUCAGAAGCGAAAGUUGCACCGCUAGCAUUGCCGUCCCAUGUGCCCUUCCUUCUGAUUGGAGGAGGGACCGCGUCGUUUGCUGCAGCUCGAUCUAUACGCGCCCGGGAUCCAGGAGCAAAGGUCCUCAUUGUUACAGACGAAGCAGACCAGCCGUAUAUGAGACCACCGCUCUCUAAGGAACUUUGGUUCUCCGAUGACACUAAUGUUCCUGAAACUCUACGGUUCAAGCAAUGGAAUGGCAAAGAGAGGAGCAUCUUUUUUCAGCCCCCGUCCUUCUAUGUGUCUCCCGAGGAGCUCAUGUCUACCGAACAUGGAGGAGUUUCAGUGCUGACCGGUAAAAAGGUCGUACAUUUGGAUGUCCGGGAGAACAAGGUAAAGCUGGAUGACGGAACCUUUAUCUCCUAUGACAAAUGUUUGCUUGCUACAGGGGGCACUCCUCGUAAUCUUCCAGCCAUAGAACGAGCCAGCGAGGAGGUGAAACGAAGAACAACGUUAUUUAGAAAGGUGUCUGACUUUCGUGAUCUGGAGAAACUCUCCUCCACCAUCGGCUCCAUUACAGUCAUUGGCGGCGGCUUUCUAGGCAGCGAGCUGGCCUGCGCUCUGGGACAUCGAGGACAAAAGUCGGGUCUGGAAGUGAACCAGGUGUUCCCCGAGAGCGGAAAUAUGGGCAAAGUUCUCCCAGAGUACCUAAGUCAUUGGACCACCGAGAAAGUGAAGAGAGAGGGGGUUAAUGUUCUAACGGACGCCGUGGUAAAGUCUGUCUGCUAUCGAGACGGGAAGCUUCACAUUCAUCUGAAGGAUGGACGACAGUUGCAGACCGAUCACAUUGUCGCAGCCGUAGGUUUGGAGCCGAACACUGAAUUGGCAAAGUCUGGAGGUCUGGAAUUGGAUGGAGACUUUGGAGGUUAUAGGGUUAAUGCAGAACUGCAGGCCCGAAAUAAUGUGUGGGUGGCAGGGGACGCCGCGUGCUUCUACGACAUUAAACUCGGAAGGAGGCGAGUCGAACACCAUGACCACGCAGUCGUGAGCGGAAGACUCGCUGGGGAGAAUAUGACUGGAGUCGCAAAACCGUACUGGCACCAGUCCAUGUUCUGGAGUGACCUUGGUCCGGAGGUUGGUUAUGAAGCCAUCGGUAUUGUUGACAGCGCGCUGCCCACAGUCGGAGUGUUUGCCAAGGCCACUGAGAAGGACACCCCAAAGAGGGCAUCUGAGGAAAGUGGAACCGGGAUCCGAUCCGAGCACGAUGGCGAGAUCCUACAAUCCGAGAGUCAGGCUGUGGAAUCGGCACCUGCCGUCCCCGCCGUCCCUGCCCCCGCACAGCAGGGAGAGUCGUACGGCAAGGGAGUCGUGUUUUAUCUGAGAGACAAUGUGGUGGUUGGGAUUGUGCUAUGGAAUGUUUUCAAUCGCAUGCCAAUCGCACGAAAGAUAAUAAAGGACGGCGAGGAACACGUGGACCUGAACGAGGUGGCCAAGCUCUUCAACAUCCAUGAAGAGUAAUGCGUUUGUACAGAUUUGCUGAUAGAUAAUGACUCAUUGAUACAAUUUACCACUUGGGACUAAACGAUCGUCAGUCCGGCACAUAUGACAUUCGGUGCACCGGCGUGCCGAUCAGAAUACACCGUCGUCUGUGCCGACACUAAAGCCACUUUAAAAUGAGAGGUUCCUGUGCGGUGCUGGAAAGAAAAGACCGACGCCAAAAAAA